AUCUGUUAACUUUUUCAUACUUGUAAGCAGCUUUAGACAAUUAAUAUUGAUAAGGGGCAAAAUUCUACAGUUUCAGACUCCCUAAAUCAAGACGGAUGAUGCAGGAGGAUCAACAGUAAUGUUAGCUACGAAAAUUAUCCUUUGAAAAUCACGGCUUUAAUUGUUUGUUACAUUUUUCUGGGUCUUCAUUACGAGAAAAUGAGAUUUCAAGUCUUGUUUUCUUCUCCAGAAUCAUGUCUUGAUUCUUUAGUAUCAUGUCUUGUUUUAAAGGAAGCAUCAUCGUAUAAAGAAGGUGAAAACUACACCUUUGGACAUAAAGCUGUACAUAUCUGCUGCUAGUUGAUCCUGGUGAGUGGAAGAGAAGACAGGUCACUGAAGAAAAUGGUAUCUGAGAAUUAAUAUCCAUGGGCUCUCAGAGCAAAAUGUCAUGGAAAGAGCCACGGAUUAAAUGCCCACCAUCUGGGAGGGUGCCUGGGGGGGCUCAGUUGAUUGAGCAUCUGCCUUCAGCUCAGGUCAUGAUUCCGGGGUCCUGGGAUCAAGCCCUGCAUCGAGCUCCCUGCUCAGCGGGGAGUCUGCUUCUCCCUCUCCCUCUGCUCCUCCUCACCACUUGUGCCCCCCCCCUUCUCGGCCUCAAAUAAAUGAAAUCUUAAAAAAAAAAAUACGAUGAUGCUUCCUUUAAAAGCCUUGAUUUAUUUGACUUGGGUUUAUGUUGAUACAUGUCCAUGGUUAUGAAAUUUCUGAUUAUUUAGGAAGUAAUUUUUAAAGGUAGGGUGGACACUCUAUUAACACUUAACGUUUCAGAGUCAAAGUUGUGAUUCUGAAUAGGCUUAAAGUAUUUUUAAGGACUUUACAAAGGUCGAGAAAUGCGUUUAAAUGCAUGAACUUUCCAACCCGCACAAAUGGUAUGGAUACUUGUGGCAUUAGUACCUCAAAUUGAUGGUUCCACUCCCUUUCCCCAGUUUCUUCCUUUCCCUUUUCCUUCUUUUCCUCUGUAUUUACUUUGAUUCCAAGUUUUCUUUUGCAUCCUUCCCUGCCUAGGGUUUGUAACGGAAAGAAACACACCUUAACUACUUAACUAUUUGGUACCAUUCAGGUGCAAGAAAGUGGCUGGAGUAAGGAACUGCAGUGAUGCCUUUUUAAAAUUAGGGACUAACAGACAUAGAGAACUUAAACAUGUCUCUUCGGCUUUGUCUAUUAAGAUUACCUUUGAAAUAUGGGCAGUUAGAGGAGCAGAGGUGUGCAACAAACUUGUACUGGAAUAUUGUAAUAGAUCUACUGACAAAUAUUUUCCCAUCUUUACCAAAAGGCAGUUUUGGGUUUUCUAGUUUAUUAACAGACCAUAAAUGUACUUCCUGUUGGCAGCAGCUGCAUCAUUAUAACGCACAAAAAAGCAACCUUGGCUAACUUCAACACCUUAUGUAACCUAAGAAAUAAAGGGUAACUGGAAUUUAAAAGAUUUUUCAUACGCUAACUUUACUGACGAUGAACUGUCUCAAUGUAGGAAACAAAUCUUUCCCCAAAGAGAAAUUCUCCCCCCCCCCCAGAUUACUUCUUUCUUUUAGACAUAACAAGUUAGAGGAGUAGAUUCACGUUUUUUUGCUCAUUCUUUUAUCUGCUGGCAGCUAUCUUAAGACCUCUGUAUAAGACAGAUUCUGAUGACCUUGGGAAAGUCACAUUUCUUCAACGGUAAAAGGAAAGGCAUUUUUCUGCCGUCUGUCCUCUCUCCACUUGUCAGCACCAGUGCUCGGCAGGCAAAUACCCUGAAAGCCCGGUGCACCCCCAAACUCGUAAAAUUUCCAGGUCUCAAAAAAUCUUGCACACACGUAAGGUAACAUGAUAAAAGCCUGGCGGCCGACGGUUCCCAAGGUUGGGCUGGUAGGGAGCUGGCGCCUUUGGGGCCAUCCUAAGCCCCUGUGUCUUGGGGUUUCGCUUAACUUCCCUAAGAACAGAAUAAGCCACGGGCCUGCGUGCGUCCGUGCCGUGUGGACCGAGAAAGGGCUUCUGGCUCCCGUGGAGUUUUUCCUUCUGGGCGAGGGCGGCACCAGGUCCGAGCGGGUGAGGUCUGCAGCUCUGCAGCUGGCGAGCGAUCCCCGGGCAGCAAACCGGCCGCACACGUAGGAGCAGACACGCGAGCGCGUCCCCGCGAACCAGCGAGGGCGCGUUCUUCUCCUCCCUUGAAUUCUUUGCUGCUCCGAGACCGGGGGGAGGUUGGUCGAGAAUCUCCCGGUGCCCGUGCGGGGUCUUGCAACGGCUCACCCGGUAUCCGGCUCCUCCGCGGUACUGCGGUUCGCUCUCAGUUUCAGCCAGAAACCGGAACAGAAGGAGAAGGAGAAAGCGGGGAAGGUUCCGAGACGGCCGCGCUCGGGGCUGCGUGGUCUGCGGCUCCUACAGCGCGGAGGAGGGGGCGGAGCGGGAGAAUACGGAAAAGGGGAGAGCGGAGGAAAAAUGCCCACGCCAAUGGGUAACAGGGAAAAGGUGAGAAGGAACGGAGUAGGAGAGGGAACCAAUGGGUGGGAGAGGCGGAGGAAGGAGGGGGAGGGGCGGAAGCCAAUGGGGGAGCAGCCGGGACGCGAGCGAGGACGCGGCCCCGCGCUGGCUCCCCUCCCUCCGGCCCGAGCGCUCGCGCCUUCCCAGGCUCCCCGGAGAGGAGGGCAGGGGCGGGGCCCCGCCGGGCGCGCGGCGCGGGAGGCGCCGCGAGGAAGAUGAUCCAUAUGAUCUUGAAGACCUUUCUGCACAGAAAUGAGGGAAAUACAAAGAACCAAAUAUAGUUCUGAACUUUGGGAUCUGUAUUUUGAGAUGAUUCUAUUUUCAGAAUGAGAAGUAUAUCUGGUUAUCUUUAUGAAUGUAGAGACAUGAAAAGAGAGUUAUGAUGGCAAAAAACAAAGAGCCUCGCCCCCCAUCCUAUACUAUCAGUGUAGUUGGACUCUCUGGGACUGAAAAAGACAAAGGUAACUGUGGAGUUGGAAAGUCUUGUUUGUGCAAUAGAUUUGUACGCUCAAAAGCAGAUGAAUAUUACCCAGAGCAUACUUCUGUGCUUAGCACCAUUGACUUUGGAGGACGAGUAGUAAACAAUGAUCACUUUCUGUACUGGGGCGACAUAACACAAAAUGGUGAAGAUGGAGUAGAAUGCAAAAUUCAUGUCAUUGAACAAACGGAGUUCAUUGAUGACCAGACUUUCUUGCCUCAUCGGAGUACGAAUUUACAACCAUAUAUAAAACGUGCAGCUGCCUCUAAACUGCAGUCAGCAGAAAAAUUAAUGUACAUUUGCACUGAUCAACUGGGCUUGGAGCAAGACUUUGAACAGAAGCAAAUGCCUGAAGGGAAGCUCAAUGUGGAUGGAUUUUUACUGUGCAUUGAUGUGAGUCAGGGAUGUAAUAGGAAGUUUGAUGAUCAACUUAAAUUUGUGAAUAAUCUUUUUGUCCAACUAUCAAAAUCAAAAAAACCUGUAAUAAUAGCAGCAACUAAAUGUGAUGAAUGCGUGGAUCAUUAUCUUAGAGAAGUUCAGGCAUUUGCUUCAAACAAAAAGAACCUUCUUGUAGUGGAAACAUCAGCACGAUUUAAUGUCAACAUUGAGACAUGUUUCACUGCACUGGUACAAAUGUUGGAUAAAACUCGUGGCAAGCCUAAAAUUAUUCCCUAUCUGGAUGCUUAUAAAACACAGCGACAACUUGUUGUCACAGCAACAGAUAAGUUUGAAAAACUUGUGCAGACUGUGAGAGAUUAUCAUGCAACUUGGAAAACUGUUAGUAAUAAAUUAAAAAAUCAUCCUGAUUAUGAAGAAUACAUCAACUUAGAGGGAACAAGAAAGGCCAGAAAUGCGUUUUCAAAGCAUAUAGAACAACUUAAACAGGAACAUAUAAGAAAAAGGAGAGAAGAAUAUAUAAAUACUUUACCAAGAGCUUUCAACACUCUUUUGCCAAACCUAGAAGAGAUUGAACAUUUAAAUUGGUCAGAAGCUUUGAAGUUAAUGGAAAAGAGAGCAGAUUUUCAGUUAUGUUUUGUGGUGCUAGAAAAAACACCGUGGGAUGAAACUGACCAUAUAGAUAAAAUUAAUGAUAGACGAAUCCCAUUUGACCUCCUGAGCACUUUAGAAGCUGAAAAAGUUUAUCAGAACCACGUACAGCAUCUCAUAUCAGAGAAGAGAAGGGUAGAAAUGAAGGAAAAAUUCAAAAAGACUUUGGAAAAAAUUCAGUUCAUUUCACCUGGGCAGCCAUGGGAAGAAGUUAUGUGCUUUGUUAUGGAGGAUGAAGCCUUCAAAUAUAUCACUGAGGCUGAUAGCAAAGAGGUGUAUGGUAGGCAUCAGCGAGAAAUAGUUGAAAAAGCCAAAGAAGAGUUUCAGGAAAUGCUUUUUGAGCACUCCGAACUUUUUUAUGAUUUAGAUCUUAAUGCAACACCUAGUUCAGAUAAAAUGAGUGAAAUUCAUACAGUUUUGAGUGAAGAACCUAGAUAUAAAGCUUUACAGAAACUUGCACCUGAUAGGGAAUCUCUUCUCCUUAAGCACAUAGGGUUUGUUUAUCAUCCCACUAAAGAAACCUGUCUUAGUGGCCAAAAUUGUACAGACAUUAAAGUAGAGCAGUUACUUGCUAGUAGUCUUUUGCAGUUGGAUCAUGGCCGCUUACGAUUGUAUCAUGAUAGUACCAAUAUAGAUAAAGUUAACCUUUUCAUUUUAGGGAAGGAUGGCCUUGCCCAAGAACUAGCAAAUGAGAUAAGAACACAAUCCACUGAUGAUGAGUAUGCCUUAGAUGGAAAAAUUUAUGAACUUGAUCUUCGGCCAGUUGAUGCCAAGUCGCCUUACUUCUUAAGUCAGUUGUGGACUACCGCCUUUAAACCACAUGGGUGCUUCUGUGUAUUUAAUUCCAUUGAGUCACUGAAUUUUAUUGGGGAAUUUAUUGGAAAAAUAAGAACUGAAGCUUCUCAGAUCAGAAAAGAUAAGUACAUGGCUAAUCUUCCAUUUACUUUAAUUCUGGCUAAUCAGAGAGAUUCUAUGAGUAAGAAUCUACCAAUUCUCAGGCACCAAGGGCAACAGUUGGCAAACAAGUUACAAUGCCCUUUUGUAGAUGUACCUCCUGGUACGUAUCCUCGUAAAUUUAAUGAAACCCAAAUAAAGCAGGCUCUCAGAGGAGUAUUAGAAUCAGUUAAGCAUAAUUUAGAUGUGGUGAGCCCAGUUCCCACCAGUAAGGAUAUAUCAGAAGCUGACUUGAGAAUUGUCAUGUGUGCCAUGUGUGGUGAUCCUUUUAGUGUGGAUCUUAUUCUUUCACCCUUCCUUGAUUCUCAUUCUUGUAGUGCUGCUCAAGCUGGACAGAAUAAUUCUCUAAUGCUUGAUAAAAUCAUUGGUGAAAAAAGGAGGCGAAUACAGAUCACCAUACUAUCCUACCAUUCCUCAAUUGGAGUAAGGAAAGAUGAACUGGUUCAUGGAUAUAUAUUAGUUUAUUCUGCCAAACGGAAAGCGUCAAUGGGAAUGCUUCGAGCAUUUCUAUCAGAAGUUCAGGACACCAUUCCUGUACAGCUGGUGGCAGUUACUGACAGCCAAGCAGAUUUUUUUGAAAAUGAGGCUAUCAAGGAAUUAAUGACUGAAGGAGAACAUAUCGCAACUGAGAUCACUGCUAAAUUUACAGCACUGUAUUCUUUAUCUCAGUAUCAUCGGCAAACUGAGGUCUUUACAUUGUUUUUCAGUGAUGUUCUAGAGAAAAAAAAUAUGAUAGAAAAUUCCUAUUUAUCUGAUAAUACAAGGGAAUCAACCCAUCAAAGUGAGGAUGUUUUUCUACCAUCUCCCAGAGACUGUUUUCCAUAUAACAACUACCCCGAUUCAGAUGAUGAUACAGAAGCACCACCUCCUUACAGUCCAAUUGGAGAUGAUGUACAGUUGCUUCCAACACCUAGUGACCGUUCCAGAUAUAGAUUAGAUUUAGAAGGAAAUGAGUAUCCUAUUCAUAGCACCCCAAACUGUCAUGAUCAUGAACGCAACCAUAAAGUGCCUCCACCUAUUAAACCUAAACCAGUUGUACCUAAGACAAAUGUGAAAAAACUGGAUCCAAACCUUUUAAAAACAAUUGAAGCUGGUAUUGGUAAAAAUCCAAGAAAACAAACUUCCCGGGUUCCUUUGGCACAUCCUGAAGAUAUGGAUCCUUCAGAUAACUAUGCGGAACCCAUUGACACAAUUUUCAAACAGAAGAGCUAUCCUGAUGAGAUAUAUGCUGUCCCAGAUGAUAGUCAGACUCGCUCUAUUAAAAUUCGAAACUCAUUUGUAAAUAACACCCAAGGAGAUGAAGAAAAUGGAUUUUCUGAUAGAACGUCAAAAAGUCAUGGAGAAAGAAGGCCUUCAAAAUACAAAUAUAAAUCUAAAACCCUGUUUAGUAAAGCCAAAUCUUACUAUAGAAGAACACAUUCAGAUGCAAGUGAUGAUGAGGCUUUUACCACUUCUAAAACAAAAAGAAAAGGAAGACAUCGUGGAAGUGAAGAAGAUCCACUUCUUUCUCCUGUUGAAACUUGGAAAGGUGGUAUUGAUAAUCCUGCAAUCACUUCAGACCAGGAAUUAGAUGAUAAGAAAAUGAAGAAGAAAACUCACAAAGUAAAAGAAGAUAAAAAGCAGAAAAAGAAAACUAAGAACUUCAAUCCACCAACACGUAGAAAUUGGGAAAGUAAUUACUUUGGAAUGCCCCUCCAGGAUCUGGUUACAGCUGAGAAGCCCAUACCACUAUUUGUUGAAAAAUGUGUGGAAUUUAUUGAAGAUACAGGAUUAUGUACUGAAGGACUCUACCGUGUUAGUGGAAACAAAACAGAUCAAGACAAUAUUCAAAAGCAGUUUGAUCAAGAUCAUAGUAUCAGUCUGGUAUCAAUGGAAGUAACAGUAAAUGCUGUAGCUGGAGCUCUUAAAGCUUUCUUCGCAGAUCUGCCAGAUCCUUUAAUUCCAUAUUCUCUUCAUCCAGAAUUAUUGGAAGCAGCAAAAAUCCCGGAUAAAACAGAACGUCUUCAUGCAUUGAAAGAAAUUGUUAAGAAAUUUCAUCCUGUAAACUAUGAUGUAUUCAAAUAUGUAAUAACACAUCUAAACAGGGUUAGUCAGCAAAAUAAAAUCAACCUAAUGACAGCAGACAACUUAUCCAUCUGCUUUUGGCCAACCUUGAUGAGACCCGAUUUUGAAAAUCGAGAGUUUCUGUCUACCACUAAGAUCCAUCAAUCUGUUGUUGAAACGUUCAUUCAACAGUGUCAGUUUUUCUUUUAUAAUGGAGAAAUUGUAGAAACUGUGAACACUGUCGCUCCUCCACCACCUUCAAACCCAGGACAGUUGGUGGAACCAAUGGUACCGCUUCAGUUGCCACCACCCUUGCAACCUCAGCUGAUUCAACCACAGUUACAGACAGAUCCUCUUGGUAUUAUAUAAGUAGGAAUUGAUUGCAGACAGCCUGAAAUUGACAAAAAGCAAAUCUAGGCAUGCAUGUUUCAGGGUUUAGUAGUAUACUUGAUUUUUCUUGCAGGUAAUACACAUUCAAAAUGAUGAGACAUUUUCUUUUUGAACUAUAUGAUAUUCCUUAUUCACUUACAUUACAAAUCUAAGACCAUGUGAUAAGCAUGACUGGAGAGGUUUAAUUUUUAUAAGCAAAAAUAGCUAUAAAAUACAAAGCUGCUGUUGCAUGCAACCUUAUUGCAAUCAGUAUAUCAUUCCUGUGGCAUUUUCUGUCACAUUAUAUUGUGAAUAAAAUUUUUCUAUAAAAAUUAAAUGAUUUAAAAACUCACAUAUAUGAAACAUUUAAUGCUUUUCAGCCUGCUUUAUGGCUGAUUUUGUUAUUUGAUGUGCUAAUUUGGGCAACUUAAUUUACAUUUUAGCAAUCUGUGUAGAUAACUAAAAGCCCAGUUAAGUAUUUUAUAAUUUCAGGCUACUUAUGCCAUGCUUGGGAUGUUGUUUGAAAGAAAGAAAAAUACACUUAACAUAUUUCUACACCUUCAUCUUCUAAAUAAACCUGUGGAUGAUUUGAUGAGGGGUAAACGAAAAUAUUUCUUGUACACGCAUACCAAGGAUAUACUUGUGGCUAAAGUGAGUUGAUAAUGUUGUGCAAAGGAUAGUUGUCACCAACUCAUUUCUUUAUGGUCCAUAAUGAAAUAAACAUCUUGUAUACUGUUAAUUCUGUAAACAGAUGCAUGUUCAAAAGAUCUAUGAUGGUCUUGUAAUCUUAAUCUAAUAUAUUUUAGAUAUUUUAAUUUUUUCCCUCUUGGGAAAUACAUUUAGUAUAGUGUAGAAAAUACUUCAUGACAUUUUCAUAUAAGGUUAUAUAACUUUUCGUACAUAAACAUGAAAUUUGUUGUAGAAAAUUCUUUAAACCAAACAUUUUAAUCUAGGACUUCAAUUUAAUCUGUUCCUUGAAUCUAUUUUUAUGUGGCCCUUAAAAACAUAUCCAAAAUCCAUUGCUAAUAUAGCAAUAAAAAUACUUUGGGUACUGACAGCCUCUUUGGAGUGUGUAUAUAUAAAAUUACAAACUUGUAUUCAUAUUCUUUUCUGUGAUAUGUUGUACUAAAAUCAAAUUGCUUUUGCACCAUUUUUUUUUAAACAAUUUUUUUCUUUUGACAUUGGUACCAUAUUUGCUGUAAAUGACUGCUGCUUUGGGGGUUAAACAUUUUGUUAGUGAAGAUACAACCAGAACACUAAAUUAUGGAUAAAAAUUUCAGAAUAGAUGGCAUAGGGUAAAUAUUUUUAGGCUUCAUUCAAAAUUGGUUUAUUAAAAACCAUGCCUUUUUUUUUCCGGAAAAAAAAUGGCAUGGUUUUUCAUUGUUAGGUUAUAUUUUUCUGUAGGAAAGAAGAAAUUCUUUGGUCCGUGUUGUAAUACUCAUUCAUACUGCAAUUUUAAGGUUGUCUUAUGUGUAAUAUAGUAAAUAGAUCAUUUUGAGAUUUGAGGCUCCUAAGAGUUUGAUUUGCUCAUUUUCCCCUAAAAUAAAUACUGUCUUUCCCAACUGUUAUGUCCUAGGUAUUGUACUUCUAAUUUUAACUUCAGAAUCAAGAUAUCAACAUGAACCAGGCUGCUGUUGAAGUACAUGUAUAUUAUAAAUUAUCUUACUUGUGUUAUACUCUUAUGUGUUAUUAUCUUUUCUAAGAAAACAAAGUCCCUAUUAUUCCUAUUGCAAAGCACACAGGAAUUAAGAAAGUACAGUAAUUUUUAAAAAGAAAAAUCCGGUAAAUGUAGUAUUCUUAACUUGUUCUAUAUUACUUAAUAACCUAUUGUCUAUAUAGCUUUAAUUUAUAGCUGUCAGUUUAACAUUGGCAUGUCUGGCAAAGAAAAUUAAACUUUAAGAGUUUUAUAAACUGUUUCUAGGUUGCUAAAGAAUUUAUUUUUCUACUAUAUAUGGUAUAGACAAAGCUCAAAACUAUGUACAGGAAAAAAAGCCUGACUAUUUCUUUUGGAAGUAGGCUGAAAAGAGAAUUUUCAGAACUAUACUUGUCUUCAGUUCAUUCGGUCAUGACUUUGCUAUUGUAAUAUGUGAAUCCCAGUUUAUUUAAGCUAUUCUCUUUUAUACUAUGUUAAUUUAACUUUCAUGUACAUUUAGUAUCAUUUUUGUUAUUAAAACUAUAGCAUUUACCAUUUUCCACAUUAACUACCUUACAUCUUCCCCAAAACUUCUCUCCAUUUUUCUAUGCAUUCUAUAAUUGAUUUGAAAACCUUCGUAGUGGGUCAUUUAAAAUUCUACAUUUGGUUCAGUUAACCUGUAGGCUACAGUUAAUUGAAAAUUAAAGUAGAGUUUAAAGCUCA